UGUUACCGAACUAAAGAAUUUUGAAAAUAUAUGAUCUACAUGAUCUUAAACCGUCACGGUGAAAAUCAAACAAUUUUUCGCGUAUAAAAUUAUUUAUUGGAACUAUAUCAUAUUUACACAGUUUCUUCAACCCCUUUUAAUGAAUUUCAAUCGUGUAUAAAAUCCCCGAUAUAUUGAAAAAUUCAAACAAUAUCUUAUACGCUGUACCAUGAGAACGUUCUCCAAAUCAAUUUUGUGCCUUUUUAUCCGCCUUCAUUUUGGUAAGAUCGUUUUUUAUAUCGGUCAUAGUUGCAAUAAAUAUAAUAAUUUAAAUGCAUGUAACAAUAAAAGUUAUUUUGAACCAAUAUUUUUAGUUAACUAUAAUGAGGUAUACGAUACCAUUUUUGGUACUGAGUACUGGAGAGUGCAAAUCGCACACUUCGAAACGGGUCUAAAAGUGGAGAAGAAACCUGGCGAAUUGGUUGAAUUGACCCUUGCAAAUGCAUCUUCUAGAAGCGAGCGCACGUUUGUAAAUAAAUAUGUUCAAUUUUACCUGUACACGAGACAAAAUCCGGAAGUUUCAGAUUUGUUAAUAAUUGACGAUGAUGCACCGGUAACCGCUAGUAAAUACAAUAGCAGCAAACCUACGCGUGUUAUAACCCAUGGAUGGCAGAACAACUAAAAUAAUGUGGUUUGUAUCGUAAUUCGGGAUGGUAAGAUUAUUGAAUAUUUAUUAUUAUCAUUAAUUUUCGGCGGAAUGUUCGUUGGGAUUAUUUCAAUUACAGCAUAUUUGAAAAAAAAGGGAUUGUUGUCGAUUGGGGCCGAAUCUCUCAUUCCGUUAACCGAUGGGCCUCGUAUCGAGUGCCCGGUGUAGCCAAACAGGUAUGGAAGAUGAUAAGAUUUUUGCAAACGUCCGCUCUUUUAAAAUUGGAGUCGAUCACCCUUGUCGGACAUUCUUUGGGUGCCCAUGUUAUGAGAAUCGCUGGUUAUAUGUCGGGAGGUCAAGCACAAAAUGUUAUCGGUUUGGAUCCAGCGUUGCCGUUCUUUUUCAACUCCCGGCCUGACCAGAAAAUAUCCUCGCUCGCAGGAAAACAUGUUCAAAUCCUUCAUUCGGAUGCUGACAAUAAGAAUUGUCGUGGACCACAGACUGUUUGUCUGGGCAACGGAACCAGGGAGAACACUGACAAGUUUUAUGUAGCGGUGGCGUAACCACCUUCUUCGAUAUAACUUUUAUCAACACAAAUGUUGGGACUGUAUUGAUAAACAUCGAAACAAGAGUGUUCACACAUUUGUCGCAGAAUUCCUCCAGCUGAUCACUGGACAUCUGCGCAUGUCCGUUGAUCGCGAUACGAUGUCGAAAAUCAUGACAUCUGGUUUUCCUUGUUCUGGGCUCGUAACU